UUCAAAGUGUGACAUUUAAAAAACUUCACUAAAACCGAAAUUGUUAUAUUAUUUUCAUUACCAUAAAUGGAUCUAGAGAAGGCUAUUCUUAAAGACAUGGCGGACGGAAUGCUUAAUGAUAUCGUAUCCUCCAGAGCAUACGAAUGGAUAUUUAGGCGCUACUCUGUGCAGAUAGUUUUGGACGUGGGUUGUCGCAGUGGACUGCUUAGUUUGAUGAGCGUGGAGGCGGGUGCAGUCAAGGUCAUCGCCGUGGGUAACGUGGAAAGUGCUGACUUCGUUAAGAAAGCCAUCUUCAAUACCGAAAAGGAGGAUAUUUUUGAGUUCGUCGAGGGUGAUAUUGAUGAAAUCCUGCUGCCAUGUGGGCUCAAGAAAGUGGAUGUUAUAGUGUCUGAGUGGAUGGGUCACUCGAUUUUUGUGGACUCCCUUUUCAAGGAGGUAAUCUACGCCAGAGAAAAAUGGCUUAUUAAGGGCGGUCAAAUUAUUCCCAAUGUAGCUCAGCUUUUUGUCUGCGGAAUAGCGGAGCAUCGGCGGGAGACAAUCGAAGUGAAUAUCCUUCCACAAACGGAUUAUCCCGGUCGGAGCUAUAUGGUCGAGGAGCCCGUUUGCCUGAUCGAGGACUAUGUGGCCAGGGAGCAGCUUGUGACCGAGAAGUUUCUGCUUAAAACCAUCGAUCUCUGCACUGCCAAUGUAUGUGAUGAGAAUUUUAGGGUGCCCUUCAAGAUGAGGGGUCUGAAGGACUGCCCACUGGGAGCUGUGGCUCUCUAUACGGACAUUGGAUUCUCCCGACCCAUGGGCAAAGUCAGGCGUUUGUUCUCCACAGGUCCCAAGAAACCUCGCACCUAUCUGAAGCAGACCAUCAUCUUUGUGGACGACCCCGUUGAGGUGGCCAAAUGGGAACUGGUCGAGGGUGUCCUUGGGAUGUACUACAGUCCCGCCGAGCAUCGCGAAGUGGAGUAUUCCCUCUCGUUCGCCGGGUUUGAAGUAGAACAUUCAACUUCGGAAUCGGAAGAAGUUGAAGUUUUGGAAUCAGAUUUUGAGCAAAAGGAGGACGUGGAUUUAAGCGAAAUAAAGAAGGGCUCACGUUGA